UGUCCGUUCACGUAUUUUAUCGAACUUCCGUUUCGCAGCAGCUACAUCGAGCUAGAGUAGCUAUUUGGAAUAUCGUUUUCAUUUUUCCUCUGUCGGCUCGUUUAUCGUUGACCAGGCAAUCAUGUCUAGUCACGAAGCCGCCAACAUGAAGCUUCCACCGAUCCAGUCCACGGCCGGUGCCGUUCCCAUCCGGAACGAGAAAGGUGAGCUCACCAUGGAGAAGGUGAAGGUGAAGCGCUAUGUGUCCGGAAAGCGUCCUGACUACGCCCCCAUGGAGUCUUCAGAUGAGGAAGACGAGGAGUUCAAGUUUGUGAAGAAGGGGGUGGAGGCGGAGCCGGAGGUGGAGCCACUGGAGGAGGACGUCUCCGACCCGCGUCUCCGGCGUCUGCUCAACCGGACCUCCGAGGAUGUGGAGGAGAGGUUAGCGAGGCACAGGCAGAUCGUUGAGCCUGAAGUCGUGGCCGAGAGCAGCGAGGACUCGGACGAGGGAACAUGGCAUCCUGAGCGGGAAGACAGCAGUGAGGAAGAAGAGGAGGAGGAAGAAGUGGAUGAUGAGGAAAUCGAGCGGCGACGAGCGAUGAUGCGCCAGCGAGCGAUGGAGCGGAAGAACGAGGAGAUGGAAGUGAUGGAGGUGGAGGAAGAGGUGAAGUCGGGGGAGGAGUCCGAGUCUGAGUCAGAAUAUGAAGAAUACACGGACAGUGAGGACGAGGCGGAGCCACGACUCAAACCGGUCUUCAUCCGCAAGAAGGACAGAAUCACGGUGGCGGAGCGCGAAGCCGAGGAGCUGAAGCAGAGGGAGCUGGAGGCCGAGGCCAAGCGGCAAGCGGAGGAGCGCCGCCGCUACACCCUGAAGAUCGUCGAGGAGGAGGCCAAGAAAGAGUUCGAGGAGAAUCGGCGCACGCUGGCCGCUCUGGAAGCGCUGGACACAGACGGAGAGAACGAGGAGGAGGAGUACGAGGCCUGGAAAGUCCGAGAGCUGAAGCGCAUCAAGAGGGACAGAGAGGCACGAGAAACGAUGGAGAAGGAGAAGGCCGAGAUUGAACGAUUCCACAACCUGACGGAGGAGGAGCGGCGGGCGGAGCUCCGGAACAGCGGCAAGGUCGUCACCAACAAAGCCCAGAAGGGCAAAUACAAGUUCCUACAGAAGUACUACCACAGAGGAGCGUUCUUCAUGAACGAGGAGGAGGAUGUGUACAAGAGAGACUUCAGCGCUCCUACUCUGGAGGAUCACUUUAACAAAACCAUCUUACCCAAAGUCAUGCAGGUGAAAAACUUUGGCCGGUCGGGUCGCACCAAGUACACCCACCUGGUGGACCAGGACACGACGUCGUUCGACUCGGCCUGGGCUCAGGAAAGCGCUCAGAACAGCAAGUUCUUCAAGCAGAAGGCGGCCGGCGUGAGGGACGUGUUCGAUCGGCCCACCGUGAAGAAGAGGAAGACCUGAGAUGAUCCUGGUGAACGCUGGAGGGAAGCCUGCGAGGUCCAAUCCUUCUCCAAACACAUGAACUGAUUGUCCUACUUUGUUUCUCCUGGCAAAUCCAGGAAGCAGCUGGAUUUGUGUAAUUUUGUAAAUAACCUACCAGUUUAGUUUUUGCGGCAUCUGUUCAAGUACAGCUAUUUGAAUUAAACACACUUGUUUUUACACAAUAAUGAAAUUUUAUUUGACAAAAAACAACAAAAAAAAAACUGAAGGAUUUGCGUAGGAUCAGCUCCAUUGGAUUGAUCCUGUGAGCUUUAAGGUGGGGAGAAACAGUCCAGUGUGAGAAUGUGUUCAGUUGGUCAGAGUCACCAGAGCUUCCACCACGUUCCCCAUGUGUUCCCUCAGGCUGCGCUCCGCCAUCGACCGCGAGAUCUCCAUCUCUGACAUCUGCACCACAAAAAACCGCAAAGGAACAGGAAGGUGAUGGAAAGGAAAACAUAUAAACUGGAAUGAAUACAUUAAUCACAGAUCACACAUUUUGUGGUGGCAUAACUAUUUUAUCUUCUGGUUAUUUUUCGCUGGACUUCAACGUCUGAGUCGUGCGCAAACAUCUUCAUUACGACUCGAAGCAGUUAAGGCCAAUACAAACUAGAUGUUGCCGUUGGUUAGGGUAAAAAGAAGAAAAACGGUUGGCAAGCUUAAAACAUCAGAUUUUGGUGCAAAACGAAAGGGGAAAAAACUGCAACCGAGGUAUUUAUUAUGUAAAGUUGUGCAUUUAGACAUCUUAACUCACCUGACUCAAAUCAAGGGUUUAUAGACAAUGCAUGUGCAGCUAUAAAAAAAUAUAUCUGGACAAUGAAGACUCAUCAUUAACCUAAGUUAUUUUUGUCAGUAGUUAUUACUAUAUUGUGUAUAAAAUGCAGAACUUUAUGUAUGUGGGUCAGAGCAAACAAACAGAAAACCAAAUACUCUGUUCUUGUCUAAAAACAAAUUAGAUUGAAACAGCUUCAUAUAAGACAUGUAAACCAGUUAACUGUUGGCUGGUUAUAUGCAUAUAAUCUUAACGGGAAAAUGAAAUCUACCUACAAUCAACUCGACAUCCUCUUUCUUGAUGGUGACUUUAGCCAGCUCUUUUUCUCUGAAAAUAAACAGAAUGAAAGUUAAA